GCCUGCAUAGGAUUUAUCCUGAGUUUCUCUUUCUCUGGUCAUGUCCAGCUUGUUUUCUCCUUCUAAAGGUGUUUCUCUGCUAUGGAUCAGUGUGAGGACAGAGAGGAGGGAGUCCCUCCCUCUAAAAGCUCUCUGUGUGGGGAACAUGACAGCCAGACCAAAGCUCGGAGAACAAAGAAGGAGCACAGACCAGACUCUGCUGGACCUGGACCUGGACCCGGACACACCAAUUUGUUCAGCAUGUCUAUAGAUGAAAAUGGAUAUGUUAUACGACCAAAAGAAGAGAAACAGAAGCAGACACCAGAAUCUCCCGGAUCUGAACCCAGCUGUGUGUCCUUAAAGAGCGACCGGUCGAACAACUUUUUCAUUGAAUUUAAAGGAGGACAUCCAUCAACUGAUCCGAUAACAAAGAAGCAGCACAGACCAGACUCUGCUGGACAUGGACCUGGAUCCAGCAACUCGUCCAUGAGGGUCAUAGAUGAAAAUGGAUAUCUUAAACGACCAAAAAAAGAAACAAAGAAGCAGCACAGACCAGACUCUGCUGGACGUGGACCUGGACCCAGCAAUUCGUCCAUGAGGGUCAUAGAUGAAAAUGGAUAUCUUAUACGACCAAAAAAAAAAGUGGACCAGGAGAGCUCAGAGGUUCCCAGUGGUCAGUCUGCCCAGCAGCAUCAAACAGACCUGGACUCCAUAUUUAUGCUGCUGGAGGAGAACAUCGUCACUUUUGUGAAGAACCAGCUGAAGAAGAUCCAGACAUUUCUGAGUUCAAGUUACCCAGAAUGCUUAGAGAAUCACAGAGAGGAUGAGGAGGUGUUGGAUGGUGAGGAAGAGCAGGGGAAGAGCAAUAGAGACGCAUUUCUAAAGAUCGCACUAUACUUCCUGAGGAGAAUGAAGCAGGAGGAGCUGGCUGACUGUCUGCAGAGCAGAACUCAUGCUCCACUGUGCCAACAUAAACUCAAGUGUAACCUGAAGGAGAAGUUCCAGUGUUUGUUUGAGGGAAUUGCUAAAGCAGGAAACCCAACCCUUCUGAAUGAGAUCUACACACCGCUCUACAUCACAGAGGGAGGGACUGCAGAGGUCAAUGAUGAACAUGAGGUCAGACAGAUUGAAACAGCAUCCUGGAAAACAGACAGACCAGAAACAAAAAUCAGACAAGAAGACAUCUUUAAAGCCUCACCUGGAAGAGAUGAACCAAUCAGAACAGUGAUGACAAAGGGAGUGGCUGGCAUUGGGAAAACAGUCUUAACACAGAAGUUCACUCUGGACUGGGCCGAAGACAAAGCCAACCAGGACAUACACUUCACAUUUCCAUUCACUUUCAGACAGCUGAAUGUGCUGAAAGGGAAAAAGUACAGCUUGGUGGAACUUGUUCAUCACUUCUUUACUGAAACCAAAGAAGCAGGAAUCUGCAGGUUUGAAGAGUUCCAGGUUGUGUUCAUCUUUGACGGUCUGGAUGAGUGUCGACUUCCUCUGGACUUCCACAACACUGAGUUCCUGACUGAUGUUACAGAGUCCACCUCAGUGGAUGUGUUGCUGACAAACCUCAUCAGGGGUAACCUGCUUCCCUCUGCUCGCCUCUGGAUAACUACACGACCUGCAGCAGCCAAUCAGAUUUCUACUUGUUGUGUUGACAUGGUGACAGAGGUCAGAGGGUUCACUGACCCACAGAAGGAGGAGUACUUCAGGAAGAGAUUCAGAGAUGAGGAGCAGGCCAGCACCAUCAUCUCCCACAUCAAGACAUCACGAAGCCUCCACAUCAUGUGCCACAUCCCAGUCUUCUGCUGGAUCACUGCUACAGUUCUGGAGGAUGUGUUGAAAAGCAGAGAGGGAGGAAAGCUGCCCAAGACCCUGACUGAGAUGUACAUCCACUUCCUGGUGGUUCAGUCCAAACUGAAGAACAUCAAGUAUGAUGGAAGAGCUGCAACAGAUCCACACUGGAGUAACAAGAACAGGGUGAUGAUUGAGUCUCUGGGAAAACUGGCUUUUGAGCAGCUGAAGAAAGGCAACCUGAUCUUCUAUGAAUCAGACCUGACAGAGUGUGGCAUCAAUAUCAAAGCAGCCUCAGUGUACUCAGGAGUGUUCACACAGGUCUUUAAAGAGGAGAGGGGUCUCUACCAGGACAUGGUGUUCUGCUUCGUCCAUCUGAGUGUUCAGGAGUUUCUGGCUGCUCUUCAUGUCCAUCUGACAUUCAUCAAGUCUGGAGUCAAUCUGCUGGCAGAAGAACAAACAACAUUCUCAUCAUCAGCACAUUUCUACCAGAGUGCUGUGGACAAGGCCUUACAGAGUCCAAAUGGACACCUGGACUUGUUCCUCCGCUUCCUCCUGGGUAUUUCACUGCAGACCAAUCAGACUCUCCUACAAGGUCUUCUGACACAGACAGGAAGUAGCUCACAGAUCAAUCAGGAAACAGUCAAGUACAUCAAGAAGAAGAUCAGUGAGAAUCUGUCUACAGAGAGAAGCAUCAAUCUGUUCCACUGUCUGAAUGAACUGAAUGAUCGUUCUCUAGUGGAGGAGAUCCAACAGUACCUGAGAUCAGGACGUCUCUCCACAGAUAAACUAUCUCCUGCUCAGUGGUCAGCUCUGGGCUUCAUCUUACUGUCAUCAGAAAAAGAUCUGGACGUGUUUGACCUGAAGAAAUAUUCUGCUUCAGAGGAGGCUCUUCUGAGGCUGCUGCCAGUGGUCAAAGCCUCCAACAAAGCUCUACUGACUGACUGUAACCUCUCAGAGAAAAGCUGUGAAGCUCUGUCCUUAGUUCUCAGCUCCCAGUCCUCUAGUCUGAGAGAUCUGGACCUGAGUAACAACAAUCUGCAGGAUUCGGGAGUUAAGCAGUUGUCUGGUGGAUUGGAGAGUCCACACUGUACACUGGAAACUCUAAGACUGAAUGGCUGUAAUCUCUCAGAGAGAAGCUGUGCAGCUCUGUCCUCAGUUCUCAGCUCCCAGUCCUCUAGUCUGAGAGAUCUGGACCUGAGUAACAACAACCUGCAGGAUUCAGGAGUGAAGCAGCUUUCUGCUGGACUGAAGAAUCGACUCUGUACACUGGGGACUCUCAGUGUGUCAGGAUGUCUGAUCACAGAGAAAGGCUGUGCUUCUCUGGCCUCAGCUCUGAGCCACAACCCCUCCCAUCUGAGAGAGCUGGACCUGAGCUACAAUCAUCCAGGAGACUCAGGAGAGAAGCUGCUGACUCCUCGACUGGAGGAUCCACAGUGGGGACUGGACACUCUCAGGCUGCAGCCUGCUGGAGUCCGAUGGUUGACACCAGGUCUGAGGAAGUAUUUCUGUGAACUCACACUGGAUCCAAACACAGCAAACAAAAAACUCAAACUGUCUGACAACAACAGGAAGGUGACACGUGUGAAGGAGGAUCAGUCAUAUCCUGAUCAUCCAGACAGAUUUGACUGGUGUCCUCAGCUGCUGUGUAGAAAUGAUCUGACUGGUCGCUGUUACUGGGAGGUCGAGUGUAGAGGAGGAGUCGAUAUAUCAGUGACUUACAGAGGAAUCAGCAGGAAAGGACUGGGUGAUGACUGUGAGUUUGGAAGGAAUGAUCAGUCCUGGAGUCUAUUCUGCUCUGAUGGUGGUUACUCUGUCUGGCACGAUAACAGAGAAACAUCCAUCUCCUCCUCCUCCUCUUCCUCUUCCUCCUCCUCUGUCUCUAACAGAGUAGCAGUGUAUGUGGACUGUCCUGCUGGCACUCUGUCCUUCUACAGAGUCUCCUCUGACACACUGAUCCAUCUCCACACCUUCAACACCACAUUUACUCAGCCUCUGUGUGCUGGGUUUGGGUUCUGGUAUGACUGGUCUGAUUCCUCAAUGUCUCUGUGUCCUCUGUAG